AUGGAUGGCACGGGCUUCGUUGGCCCUCGAAUCGAAAUCUCAGAGCGUUUGCCGGAACUUGGUGCAGAUAUCCAGCUGGACUGGGAUCAGAAGGCCAAGCUGCCGGCAUCGGCUGGUGUUGUGCAGGAGCUUUUCCAGCAGCAGGAAGUGAAGCUGGCAGCGACUAUUGAAGUUGGUUUCAAGCAGCUUCAGGACCUCCUCGCAGAGAGCAAGUCCCAAAACGGACUGCAAGCUUUGCAGCCAACUACGAAAAGGAAAAAGCGUCAAAGGGCAUCUGGCGAAUCCACGGUUUCGAAAUCUGACUCGGGCAGCAACGGCUCUGAGGCUUCCGCCGCCGUUGCUGAAAGCCCGAACAAAAACCGCACUAGCCUUCUCAACCUGGAGAGCUUGGAGGUGCCUGCACGUUCAAUCUGGUCCGUGGACUGCUGCUCCUGGCUCCCUUCCGAGGAGAAUCCUCCGACGAAUCGUCUUAGCCGCAUCGCACAGAAGAUGGUGAGCUCGUGGAUGUUCGAAACGUUCUUUGCUGGCGUGAUCAUGACCAACUCUAUCUUCAUCGCUGUUCAAGUGGAGCUCUCUGCCGCUCAACCAGGAAGACCUCCGGAUGGGGGGAUGUUCAUCGUCUCCACAUUCUAUAGUGUGCUGUUCACAAUAGAGCUUCUGAUACGACUGGCGGCUGUGGGCCCUCGACUCUACUGUGGCCAGGACUGGGCUUGGACCUUGCUGGACACACUCGUGGUCGCUACGAGCGUGUUCGAAUUCAUCGUGGAACUACCGGUUCAACAGGAUGACGUGGACGACUCGCAAAGCCUAUUUGGCAACAUGCGCCUGCUGCGCAUUCUACGGAUUGCGAAGAUCACCCGAGCAGUGCGCAUCAUCAGGCUGGUGAAGUUCGUGAGGGCUCUCAGGUCGCUGCUCUUCUGCAUCGGAAAAACCCUCAAGGCCAUGGCAUGGUCGGCAGCACUUCUCGUACUAAUCAUCUUCUUGUUCGGCCUGGUUUUCACUGACAUCACCACAGAGUACUUCGCAAAUCCUGAGCUGCAUUGGAACCCGGUGACUACAGACUUUCUUCGUCUUCGCUUCAGCUCGCUGGAGCUCUCCAUGCACACCCUGUUCGCCUCCAUUACGGGAGGCUUCACAUGGGUGGAAGCUCGCGAUGCCUUUGCUGAGCUUAGCUUUGUUUGGGGCCCCCCGGCACACAUUGACCAAGAAAAUGCCAAGCGCAGCAGUCAUCCGCGGCCCUUCUCCAUCCUCAUUGAUACCAUGCCCACAAUGUUCGGGUGCCUUGCAUGUUGA